GGGUCACAGUAGAGAGUUCCAACAUAAUUCGCUCCAGAAGAAAACAUACGUUUCAUAUUUUGAAAUGGAAUCCAUCAUGAUAUUAACACGAAAACGACUAAGGUAAUGAUGCAGGGAUCGGUGCAGGAUCUUGGCUCAUUAUAAGCAGCUUAUAAUGGAAGACAUCUUCAAAAGGGUAUCAGACACUCAAAAACCAACAACUAUGUGUAUUUAACAGACUUAGUAUAUGAAUGAUAACAAAAUGUGAAACAGAAAGCACAAAUUUUAGAAAUUUGCAUUCGUUUGCAAUUUCUUAUAAAAGUAGGAUGUAAACAUAUUUUGAAUCAUAUCAGUUUCUUUGGUUGUGAAUUUACCUUAUAUGGUGCAUGCUUCUAUAGAUUAUAUAUAUGAAUAUAUAUUUAUAAUGUCCAUUUUGACAUCUGGAGUAAUGGUGUUUUAUGCCAUUCAAAAACAAAGGUUGUUAUUUUUUCAAUGAUUUUGUGAGUUGUGAGUUCAAUUUCAUUAUGUCUGUGACUGUAAAUGGAAGUGGCAACGCAAGCAAUGGAUACAGUAACCAUGACAACGCUGCUUCUGACCUUGGUGAUGACCCUGUUGUUUGUAACAGCAGUAGUCAUGAACACAAGGACAGAGCCAAGAGGAGGGGAUGUGCUAGGCACUUGUCAUCUGUUCCCAGUGACAAGUAUUUGUGUCAAAAGGACUCCAAGACAUCAGAAAUAUGUAAAUCUAGCUCAUUCCACUAUGCGACUGACCAGGGGAUUUGUUCUAUGGACUCUAGAAAUGCAAGCUCUGGCUCUAGUGAGUCUGAAUGGAAGGAGCCCCAUCAGCAUCACAGAAAUGCUUGUACUUGUGCUGCUGACAGUGGUAACGUUGAUGGUGGGGAUGAAAUGGACGGGAAUAUUUCACCAGACAGUGCAGACAUGGUAUUCCAUAGAAACGAUCAAGAACCAUCAGAUCCUGGCUGGGAGUUUAGGUCCACCUGUCCGGUAACCUCCUGGGGUCAUUUCUCCAAGACUCGUAAGGAACAAUACAAAUACAGACGUAGCGACUAUUCAAGUGACAGCGAGGAUGACUCUUCCAGUAAGACAACUUUACAGCCUCUAUCUCAAUCAGAUGGUGAAAGUAUACAACGGUCACACCUGCCGAUGUGUGACCUCGCUCUUAGCCCACUCCUCAAUGUCUCCCUGAAAAAGAAGGAAGCCAUCCCAAAUGGUAGCUCCCGAAUCAGUUGCAGAAACAAGGAUGGAGUUAAACCUACCGUUUUCAAAGAAAAAAUUGCAACUAUACUUCGAUGGUUCAAUGACUGCAGUGACUCUCAGAAGAACAUGGUUCUAAAAGGGAUGCUUAGAGAUUGCGACCUGCCCCAGCUACACUUGCUGUCUGUGAAAAUGGGCCCUAAUCUUCACCGGGGCUGUCCUCCAAACUGUCAGGACAUUAUUACAUGGCUGCCUGCAGAUAUCGCCAGUAAAAUCAUGUCCUUCCUCGACCCAGUAAGUUUGUGCCAUGCAGCUCAGGUGUGUAAGGUGUGGCGACAUGUAGCAGAGGAAGCCUCUUUCUGGAGGAAGUUCUGUUGUCAACCAAAAUGGCGGCUCUCUAAGGCUGCAGAACACCAGCAGGUCAUAAGUCACAUGUCGUCUGAGGGAAGCAUCAUGUGGAAGAAAGUUUUUGCUGAGCGCUUCCGCUUGCGUAACAAUUGGCUCAGUGGUAGAUGUACAGUGAGGACUUUUGAAGGUCAUUCUCAAGGUAUAUCAUGUGUACAGUUUGACGAUACUCGUAUCGUUAGCGGGUCCUCAGAUAAGACAAUCAAGGUUUGGAACAUUCGUACAAAUGCUCCAUGGUCUGUCCAGACUCUUGUUGGGCACAGUGGGACAGUCCGGUGUCUCCACCUAGAGGGGAAACGGCUAGUUAGUGGCUCUACAGACAAGUCCAUCAAGGUGUGGGACUUGUCCACCCAGGAAAGCUGGUCUAGUAUUGCUUGUAAAGUGACCAUGGUGGGACACACAGACACGGUCAGGUGUCUCCAGGUGGACGAUGAUAAGGUGAUCAGUGGGUCAUAUGAUACGACGCUCAAGGUGUGGGACCUACGUACAGGCCAUUGUAGGAUGACCCUCAGGGGUCAUUUAGCUGCUGUUUUAUGUGUUCACUUUAGUGACACCAAAAUAGUGUCUGGAUCCUGUGACAAAGCAAUCAAGGUGUGGAACUACUUUGGGGACUGUGUGCGGACUCUGACAGGUCACCAGGACGCGGUCACGUGUCUACAAUUUGACUCAACACGCAUUGUGAGUGGAUCUCUUGACUGUAACCUCAAGUUCUGGGACAUCCACAGUGGAGAGUGUAUGAAUACCAUCGACUGGAAGGCAGCUGAAGGUCACACAGGGGUCGUAAGAUGCCUACAGGCCGACAGCUGGCGACUUGUCAGUGCUGCUGAUGACAAGACAAUCAAGGUCUGGAACCUAGAGACGGGGAAGAGACUGGUAACACUAAGGAAUCAUACAGACGGAGUGACCUGUCUUCAAUUUAAUGACUUCAUCAUUGUGUCAGGAUCGUACGACAAAACUGUUAAACUCUGGGACUUUAGCUGCUGUUGACAAUGGGCUGCUGUUGGAACACCAGUGACUGGUGGUUUCCUAGGCAGGGUAGGCGUCGCCAGCCAGAGACACUACAUGACGGGCUCAAAUGUCAGCUAGUGUGAUUUACUUCAGGAAUACACUUUUACAGUAGUAAACUUCAAUACUCGUGUGCAUCGGACAGCUUACCAUAGCUAUAGUGAGUGAGGAAAUAUAAUUAUUUUGUUGGUUACAUAUAAAUAUCUUUUCUUGAUAAAUGAAUCGAACAAAGGUGUAUUUUUUCACAAAAAUUGGCAAAAUUGAAUUGCUCAUUUUAUGACUUCUGGUGAUUUUUUAAAAUAUUUUUGUUGUCGACAGAUUUCAAAUUAUUUAUCUACAAAUUUCUCCAACUUCCUCCAUCACCCUUCCAUCAGGCAGUAUUGCCCAAAUAUACUCCCAUCCACCAAUCCCUGUGCUAUCCCUCUUCAUCCCUUUAUGUGUGCAUAAUUACUCCCAAUCCGCCCAGUCAUUAUUCUUUCCCCCCCACACACACACACACUUUCCCCUUGUAACCAACUAACAUGUAAACCUAUUUAUGAACAUCACAAGACAUUUGUGUAUGUGAAAUCCUGGGAAGGCCAUCAUUGAUAGCAAGUUAUCUGUUGUUCUGAGUGAACCAUUUACAUAUAGGUAAGAUAUACUGGUCAAAUUAACCUGUUACAGUAGCCUGAUAUGUAGAUCAUGUAUUUUGGAAACAGCAUUAACCUUUUCUUCAUAUCAUAAUAAUAAUAUUGUCCAUAUAUUAGGCUAUUAUGUUUAAGAUUUGGAGAACUGCUAGAUACUAUUAUGUUUACAUUACAACUUGAUUUAAGUAAAAAAUGCAUAUUGUAAAUAAUAAGGUAAGCUAAAACACCAACAGCCAUACUAGAUACAUCAAUUGCGGUUUCAAAUCUAAUAUCAAUAGUAUACGAAAUAAAGUCCUCUAUCAGUGAAUAAUACAAAUAAGUACACAAAGUCAGCAACAAUAUCAUAAGGAGAAGUGGUGUUUAGAUGACCUCUUUUUAGUUGCUGUAUGUAGAGGAAUAUUGAGAUACCUAAGCAAAUAGUACAUAGAUUGUAGCUAGUGA